AUGCUCUACACCUCCAACGCGAUCUACAAGCAGCUGAACACAGCGCUGCGCAGCGAAGACCGGAACAAGAUCAAGAAGUACUACCCCUACCUCAGGCUGCUCUUCGAGGCUCUGAAUCGACUGCCGCAGCAGAAGAGGAGCCUUUGGCGAGGUAUCGGGGUGGACCUCUUUGACCAGUACUCGGUGGGCUCCACCAUCACCUGGUGGGGUGUGAGCAGCUGCACCUCCGACAUGCAGGUGGCCAAGAACUUUAUGAAGGGAUGCGGUACAGCCUGCACCUUCCUCACGGUGAACUGCAAGAGUGCGGUGGACAUUUCGAAGAUUACCUUCUAUGGCAACGAGAAGGAGAGCCUUUUGGCCCCCGGCACUCAGUUGAAGGUGCUGAACUCAUCCAGGAAGGGCAAAGUGGCUGAGAUUACGCUGGAGGAGGUUGGCAGGUUGGUGGACUAG